AUGGGAACCAGCCUCCCUGACUCGGAGGGAAUUCAAGCGAAAACACGUGCCAUUUUAAGCCAGAACCUUGCAUCUGGGGCAGGAAAGCGCAAGGGGUCACCCUGGCUGGCGCAGAUGGAGGGGCGCUGUGAGGGUGAGAAGGACUUACAUUUGUCCAAUGGCACCCUGACUUCCGUAAACGGGACUGACUCGGGCACAGUGUCCCGGCAGUCUCCGAAUCUCCACGGACUAGCUUCCAAUGUCUGCGAGCUGGUGGUUGUGCGGCAUGGCCUGACGGACUACAACAAAAUCCACCGGCUUCAGGGCCAGCUUGACAUUCCGCUGAACGAGGAAGGAAGACAGCAGUGUAGGACCUGUGGCGCGAAAGUCAAGGCAAUGUACGGCGACCCAGCCACAGGAAAAGUGGCUGUCACUAUGGUAUAUUCGAGCCCGUUGAGCCGAACGGCGGAGUCAGCUGACAUAAUUUGCAAGGAAGCGGGCAUUCCUCUGUCACAAGUGCGUCAUGAUCCGAGAAUUAUGGAGUGGAACGCAGGCACCCUGCAAGGCUCUCUGCUGUCCGAUAUACAAGUCAAGUUUCCUGCGGAGUGGGCGAUGUGGCGAAAGAAUCGGAACCCGGAUUUUGUUUUUCCCGGCGGGGAGAGCCUGAGAAUGAGAUACAACAGAGUCGCGUCAUUCUUUUCAGAAAUUGUUCGAAACCACCAAGGUGAACGAGUCCUCGUGGUCACCCAUGGAGGUGUUUUAGAUGAGCUCUUUAGGAUUAUCAGGAAAGUGCCUUUGAAUGCUUCGACCAAUGCGCCGAAGCUCAAUGCCGCUCUGCACGUGGUGCGUGCGGCGGUGGCGACCGGAACGCGAAACUCAACUCGGGAUCUCGUAGAUGCUACUAGACUGGAGUCUGACUCUUCUCCCUCGGGAGAUCUUUCCGACAACGAAAAUCCUGUGCAGUGGACGAUUGUUCGCUGGGGCAAAGUUACGGACCUUCAAGGGAUCCUUCAGGGUGACGUUGGGGGACAAGUGCCGGCAGCAAUCGAAUACGUGUAA